CCCUCGACCGACGGCCCAAGAUGGGGGUGAAGCUGGAAGUGUUUCGGGGAGCUGGGGCGAUAACUGGAUGAUGCCGUGGGAUCUGGAGAAGGACUUUUUAGGAUGGGGAGACGUGGGCACGUUUGAAGGCAGAGAGGAAGGAGACAUCAGAAAGUGAGCACAUGAAGGUGGCUGUUGGCUUUUUACAUGUGCUCAGUUCUGUGCCCUCGUAGCCUUUUUUUUCUUCGCACACGCUCAGUCCUUUGGGAUGUGAUGGCUUACAAGAUGGUGUUAUACUUGUCCUUCCCUGUUGCCAUGUUCUGGAUCUCCAACCAGGCCGACUACUUUGAGGAAUAUGUUAUCAAGCGCAAGAGGGAGAUUUACCCCCCUGAGCGGGAGGACCAGCGCAAAGAGCUGGAAGAUUUCAAGGAGCGGAUGCGGAAGCAGCGAGAGGAGAAACGGUUGCAAGCCAUUCAGCAUUGACCCCCGACUGGGCGGAGUUGGGGAACGGCCUCCUGAAGACUCCAGAGAGGGUCCCCGGCCUCUGAUGUUAAAGGUGGGCAGGCCAAGCCUCUCCCAAAGAGAGCCAGGAAGUAGAACUCCUGGGUUCCAGUCUCAGCUCUCUCGUGAAGCUCUGCUUCCAGGCCCAUGGCACCCUCUCCCCCGUCACUGUAGGUAGGGCAGGGCCUGGCUUCCCAGCUCCACGGGCUAAAAGUGAUUGGAGAUCUUUGCUCUCAUUGGCCUCGGGAGGGGCCCCCCUGUCUGGGGCCAGAGCCCUCCCGGGGGCUGAGCUGAGCUUGCCAGUGAGAGGACCUGUACUGGCCUUGGCAAAACUGGAGGGAGUUCUCCGGUUAUUCCCAGACGCCCCCUUCACCCCACCCCCUCAUAACAAUGUGCAGAACCUCCCGA